AUGCAUGACCUGAAGCAGGGACUAGGCACAUGGUCAAUGGCCAGUAUCAAGAAAUCAGCUUCUACAAGUAAAAGCUCAAGGUUACAGAAGAUCAUUCAUCGUAAUGAUGGAAUGGAGACUGAGUGUACAGAGCAUGUUGGUUGGUGUCUUCAGAAGACCAGUGAUGACCUGAGGGACACCAUGUCCUUGAUGAUCUGGCAGAUCAUUCGCUCCAAGAGGCCUGGUGAGAAGCUCCUGGGGGCUCAGAGAAUCCUGAAGGCCAAGGAAUUCAAGAAUCGAUGCCUUCAAGCCACCAUCAUUCAGGAUGAUACCCAUGGUAGUGAAGACUGCCUGUACCUCAACAUCUGGAUCCCACAGGGGAGGAAGCUAGUCUCCAGAGACCUGCCAGUCAUGGUCUGGAUCUAUGGUGGGGCCUUCCUGAUGGGGUCAAGCCAUGAAAUCAAAUUACAGAACAGUUACCAGUAUGAUGGGGAGGAGAUUGCUACCAGAGGCAAGGUCAUCGUGGUCACCUUCAAUUACCGUGUUGGGCCCCUGGGCUUCCUUAGCACCGGAGACUCCAACCUGCCAGGUAACUUUGGCCUUUGGGAUCAGCACAUGGCUAUUGCAUGGGUGAAGAGGAACAUCGCAGCCUUUGGUGGGGACCCCAACAACAUCACCAUCUUUGGGGAGUCAGCUGGUGGGGCCAGUGUCUCCCUCCAGACUCUAACCCCCUACAACAAGGGACUCAUCAAGCGAGCCAUCAGUCAGAGUGGUGUGGCCCUGAGCUCUUGGGCCAUCCAGAAAAACCCCCUCUUCUGGGCCAAAACGAUCGCCAGCAAGGUGGGAUGCCCAUUGGAUGAUACUCUCAAGAUGGCCGAAUGUUUCAAGGUCACUGAUCCCCAAGCUCUGACUUUGGCAUUUAAGUUUCCUUUGACUGGCAGGGAAUACUCUCUGAUACAUUACCUGGGCUUUGUACCAGUCAUUGAUGGAGACUUCAUUCCUGAUGAUCCAGUCAACCUCUUUGCCAAUGCAGCUGAUAUUGACUACAUUGCUGGCACCAACAACAUGGAUGGUCACAUCUUUGCCAUUGGUGACAUGCCCGCCAUCAACAAGACCUCAGUGGACAUCAAAGAGGAAGAUUUUUAUAAGCUAGUCUCUGACGUCACCAGAAGCAAAGGUGUUCCUGGUGCCAAUGCCACCUUUGACCUCUACACCCAAUCCUGGAGCUCAGAAUCAUCCCAAGAGACGAAGAAAAGGACUGUGGUGGACUUUGAGACUGAUAUCCUCUUCCUGAUGCCCACAGAGGUUGCCUUGACCCAUCAUAGAGCCAAUGCCAAGAGUGGCAGGACUUACAGAUACUUGUUCUCCCAUCCUACCCAAACAUUUGCUUACCCUGACUGGGUGGGAGCAGAUCAUGCAGAUGAUGGCCAGUAUAUCUUUGGCAAGCCCUAUGCCAUACCCUUGAGCUAUCAGGCCCAGGACCGGACUGUCUCUAAGACCUUCAUUGCCUACUGGACUAACUUUGCCCAAACUGGGGAUCCUAACACAGGCCAUUCUGCAGUCCCUACCCAUUGGGCUCCUUAUACUGUGGAGAAUGGCAGCUACCUGGAAAUCAACAAGAAAAUGGAUGCCAACUCCAUGAAACAGCACCUGAGAAGCAACUUCUUGCACUUCUGGACCAUCACUUACCAGGCCCUCCCCACAGUGACUGGAAAAGACAUUGUUCCUGAAGACAAUGAUGUUCCUGUACCUCCUGCAGCUGACUGAAUGAUUGCUCCAUUUCCCACAGUUGCUGACUUCAUGUAACCCCCAAAUUGGUCCUGUGGCCACUCACCAGGAAGCCAAAUGCCCAUGGGAGCAAGGAUCCAGCAGAGCCUUCCUGGCUCUCUGCCCCUUUCCCCUCACUCCCUUAAUAAAGUCUUGUUGCUAUAUGCCAUGCCUCAUUCUGCCCUUACUCUAAGAGAAGAGUUCUUAACCUGGGAUUUCAAGGAGUCCAUGAAAUUGGUUUAAAAUAUUUUGAUGAACUGUAUUCCAAUAUAAUUGGUUUCCUUGGGAAUCCUGUAUGUUUUAUGCAUUUUACAACAGUAUUGAGAAGAGCUGCAUAGGCUUCACCAGACUCCCUACUCCAAGGAGAUUCACUCUAGAAUGGGGCCAGGUACCCAGGUGAGCAGAAUUUUAAAAGCCCUGAAGGUUCAGCCCAUACCUAGUGCAGAGAGCAGGAAAGGGGAGGGGGCUGACAUGUCUUUGAAGACCAUUAGAAGAACAGGGAGUGUUUAGCUGGGCACUAUUGGAUGAUCACUGGAAAAAUCUAUUGUAAGAUGAAUUAGAUGCAAUGGGUGAGGAAGGACUAAAAGGUGACUUGCUGCUUGUGUGUGGGAGACCGGGAAAAUGGGGUGACAGGUGGCACUAUGAAAGGCUGAGAUGACCCCUCUUGCUGGCCAUGAAGAUGCCUGAGCCACUGGAUCUCAUGGGCAGAGGACGGGGACAGAAGGUACUCUGAGCCUAAGAUGAAAAUGACCUUGGCAGUAGCUGGGUCCUGAAUACUCUGCCCAGGGCCUGGUAUGCUUUGGGGGAGGGUGGCCCAGACUGUUGAGUGUGGUCAUGGAAGAAAUCACACUGGGAAGGAGCUGAGCAGGUGAGGGGUGUGUGUGUGUGUGUGUGUGUGUGUGUGUGUGUGUGUGAGAGAGAGAGAGAGAGAGAGAGAGAGAGAGAGAGAGAGAGAGAGAGAGAGAGAGAGAGAGAGAGAGAGAGAGAGAGUUGAUGUAGUAAUGGAAAAAGCCUGGGCCUGGUAGCACAAAAAUCCCUUAUCAAGUCUCAGUUCUUUCAUUGUCUUGUUCACUUACAGUCCCUCUCCUCUUGUAUUCAUUUCACAUCCCUCUGAAGACAUGCUGUGCUGUCUCCUCCUUCACUCCAAUCUCUGGAGAAGAGGUGGCCUUCCUCAUCAUCACAGCUAAGCCUUCAACUGUACCCUUGAUUUCAUCCCCUCUCCUCUUUCUGUAGCAGAGAGCCAUCGCUACGAUUCCCACUGGAAUAUUCAGUCUUUUCCUUUCUACCGCUGCCUAAAACUUCCAUUCAACCAUACCUACUAAUCAUCCCCUAUUUUCCUCCCCCUUCUUCAGCUAAAUUCCUGGAGAAAGUCACUUGUACUUGGUGCUUCCUCUUCCUUUCUUCUGCAAUCUGACUUCUGACCUCAGCAUUUCAACUGAAAGCAUCUUCUCCAAAGUUACAGUGACCUCUGAAUUGUCCAGUCCAAGAGCCUUCUCUCAUCCCCUUCCUUCUCUCCAGCAUCAGACACUGUUGAUCACCUUCUCCUGGGUUUUCACGACUCUGCUGUCUUGGUUCUACUUACCUGUCUCUCCAGUCUUUGCUGGGGAGGUAGCAUGAUAUAAUAACUCUAUUUUAUACCUCCUGGACGUGGAGUCAGGAAGUUGUUGUUCAGUCACAUCCCACUCUUCAUGACCCCAUCUAGGGUUUUCUUGGCAGAGAUGUGGGAGUGCUUUGC